AUUUAUUUUAAUGUCAAUGAAAACAGACAAUACAAAUAAUAUAAAAACUGCGGAAAAGCAUAAAAGGCACUACUUUAUCUUUGUUGAAAAAUACUUAUAAUAUAAGGUAAGAAGAUCAAUAAAGAUAGGAUUUUUAUUGUCUGUCUGCUGAAAUUUUUAAUGUUAAUGUUUCGUUCACUCCGUGAUUGAUUGAAUGAUCAUCAUCAUCCCCUAAAAUUCCCUAUACUCAUUCAACCCUCUUCAUAGCAUUCUCAUUCCUGUUUUCCCACACAGAAGCCUCACCCCAUUUCUUUCCAUUUACUCAAAGCUUUCCCUCAAUUCUUUUUAGUGAUUCUUUUUUUCCCGUGUAUAUAUUGAUGUACUAAUUUUUGGAACACGAGGAAAUCAAAUAGGCUGUUUCUGGGAAAUAGAAGAGAACAGAAUUUAAUGAGAAUCAUGACACGGCUUUUUCGAUCCAAGUCUUGUACCCUGCCCAGUAUCAACAGAAGUCCUGAUUCUUCUUGGGAGCCCAAAAAAUCAAACCCAUCUCAGUAUGAUUCCGAACAAGAAGAAGAAGACGAAGAUGAUGAAGACGAAGAAGAAGAUAUAGAAGCAGAAGAAGAUACAAUGGAGGAGGAGGAAGAAGAAGAAGAAGAAGAAGAAGUGGAAUACUUGAGGCUUAGGAAUAGUAAUAAUAAUUCAGGAGGAGAUACUGGAGAAGAAUAUCAUCAUCCUUUGCUGGCAAUUGUUUUAGCUGCACUGAGGAAAUCCCUUCUGGUGACUUGCAGUGUGGAGAGGGAUGAUGUUGAUGAUGAUGAUGAUGGUGGUGACGUGUCCAAAUCCAAAUCCAACCAGCUUGACAUCAGCUGGCCAACUGAUGUUCACCACGUGUCCCAUGUCACCUUCGACCCUUUCAAUGGCUUCCUCGGUUUGCCCCUGGACCUCCAGUAUGAUUUGCCCCCUAAAGUCCCCAGUGCCAGUGCCAGUGUAUUUGGAGUUUCAGCCCAGUCAAUGCAAUGUUCUUAUGAUGACCGAGGAAACUGUGUGCCAACAAUUCUACUCAUGAUGCAGAACCGUCUUUAUUCUGAAGGAGGCCUUCAAGCAGAAGGAAUAUUCCGAAUAAAUGCAGAGAAUAGUCAAGAAGAAGGUGUUCGGAAGCAGUUGAAUAAAGGAGUUGUACCACACGGCAUUGAUGUCCACUGUUUGGCAGGAUUAAUAAAGGCGUGGUUUAGGGAACUUCCUACCGGGAUUCUUGAUUGUCUGACUCCAGAACAAGUGAUGCAUUGCAACACAGAAGAAGAGUGUGUGCGACUCGUGAAUUUGCUUCCAUCCACGGAGGCCGGAUUGCUUGAUUGGGCGAUCAACCUGAUGGCAGACGUCGUGCUUCACGAGCAUUACAACAAGAUGAAUGCAAGGAACAUCGCCAUGGUAUUUGCUCCUAACAUGACUCAGAUGGCGGACCCAUUAACAGCUCUUAUCCACGCUGUACAAGUUAUGAACUUCCUAAAGACGCUUAUAAACAAAACGCUUAGAGAAAGAGAAGAGACACGCUCAUCUGACUUGGGUGUAAUAAUGCAAUGUGAUCAAGCUAUUGAUAAUCAGAUUGUGGACCGUUUAGAAUCUGACUCGGUGGAGAAGUGGAAUUUCAGGGUUAAGGGUGACACCGAUAAGGUAAAUGAAUUCAUACCAGAUAGGAUUGCCAUAUCAUCACCUAUUCUUUGUAAAAGCCAAAGCAAUUUAGAAAGUUGUUAUAGAGAAGGUAAAAAUUUAGGAGAUGAGGAGGAGGAGGCAGAUGAAGAGGGAAUAUUAGACAAGCUUGGUUUGAGAAAACGAGUGCGAAAGCUAUGCAAACAUCCCAUGUUUCAAUUAAAUAGACCAGUUAAGAAAAAAACCGAUACCGGAAUCUUGAAUUCCAAAGGAGCUGGAGAGGCCUGGAUAUAAUAACUUUGUGGAGUACUGUUUUUUGUUACUCACUGAAGUGACAUUAUACUAUGAUGAUAGUUGUAGUAGUAGCAGAAGUACUAUUAGUUUUGAUCGAUAAAUUGUAAAGGGGGCCGUGUGGUGCUAAUGAUAUGGUGUUAUCUUGCUGGAUGUUAGUUAACUGUAUCUGUUUAGGGUAACCUUUCCUAUAUGCCUGACCAUUCCUGCAAUUAAUUAAUCCAAGGUUGGUAGCUGUUAUUUUCCCCCAUGAGUGAUGAUGAAUAAGUAGCCAAAGAAGCCUAAUUUUUGAUAGGAUGAUAUGAGUGUGUAGCUGGGCAGUUUGUACAGGAACUGAGCAACAUUUUGUUUGUGUGGAUGAAAAGUUGAGCAAAUGAUCAAUUGUGCUGUGUUAGGAUUUGCUGAUUGUUUUGGUAUCUCCUGCUUUCUUUUCACUCCAUGUUGGCUCGUGUAAUUGAUGGCGCAUGUGAUCCAUGUAGUCGUUCUCUUUAAUGCAAUAAAACACUAAUUGCUGUUGAGGGAAAGGAUUGAUUUCUGCACGCUUGCAGUUAACAAAACUUGAACUCGUGCUUCUAUGUUCACUGUAGGCUCGAUUGCUGCAGCACUGUGCACUCACUUUGAAAAUGGAAAGAUAUAUGUAAUCUGUUGGUCUAAUUUAGAAUCAGAGUUAAUACUACUAGUUGUAGUACAUUUGUUUUGCAUGAAAAAUAUUUAGGAUAGAAAAAAAGUAGGUAACAUUCCCACUUGCCAGGAGAAGAUGGGUUUAAAAAAUAAUAAAAAAAAAAGAUGAAGCAAGUUUAGUCUUUGAGAAACAUGUCUUUCUGGAGGAAUUGUUGUGGAGGUAAUAGCUGACAGAGAGCUAAAUGCAGCAAGACUGCAACGAAUUAAGGCAAGCUGUAAAGGUUUUUAAGAAUUAAUAACGACAGUGAAAACGGCAGUAUGUACAGAGCAUAUAUAGUGAAAAAGAUGUGAUGCUAUCUAACAACAUCCAUGAUCCACCGUUUCAGUGUUACUAACCAAAACUAGUGUUAGAAUCUGGUCGAGGUUGUGGAGGGAGAGGAGAACAAGGCCAAGCACCCGAAAGCGUGAGAGGGUAGAAGAGAUGAAAUCCCCACCAGCAGCCCUUUUCCAAGAAUGGAUAACCAUACUCAUCAUCAAGGUAACAAUGGAUUCUUUCCAACUUGUCACUAUCAAGGUGAUAGAGACGAAAUAAUUGUUUCGCCAUCUGAAGGUAUAUGGAAUCUGAUCUUCCCUGAACAAAAGAUACAAACAAAGGUGAAAACUCCGUUGGAUGUUAAUUUGCCAUGCCGAUAAUGAUGCUGCAUUGCUGAUCAACGCCCCAUAUAUAUAUAUAUACAGUCUGUAGCAAAAUCUCCGAUGCAUAAUUAGCUGAAGAAGCAUCGUGAUCAAAGCUGGUGGGAUCAUCCUUAAACUUAGUAUCAUCAAAGACCCAGGUGUCGAUGACUGUACUACCCUGAUUCAGAACACAUAAUCACAUAAUCACUUUAAUUGCUGGUGCGGAGACCGAUCACUCUCCGAGAGCGGAGACAUUGAACUGUCAAAGUAAAAGUGUGUUAUCAAAGAUUUGAGUAUCAUCUUCUUUCAAUGGUAAGCUUAUUUCCAGAUUUGCACAGCGUAAUUCCCUCAUCCAGCCGACUAGCCAUGAUAACUUGUUUAAAGGUCUUCACAGCAACAAAUUUUGGGUAUAGAUCACAAGAUAUUGAUGGAGUUUCCCUUAGGCAGUAUUUUCUUUCUUAUUGCUGCUGAUGAUCGAAUUAUCAAUGAAAAAUUAGUUUAUGAAGGUAAAAUCAACUUUGUAUCUUUAAUUAUCUUCAUGAUUUUGGUCAGCGUGGAAAGCGAUAAAUGGUUUUGUUUGCCAUGAACAACUGCUGCUUGUUUACUGUACCAUAAAAUGCCAAUGAGAACUUUGAAUAUCUUUUCUCUGGUAAAUGCUUUGUGUUUCUUUUCAUAUAAUUUUGUUAUUUGGUAUUUCUUCUACAGUAUAGCUGCAAGCCUUGCAACCGUUGAAGCAUCUUGCUCAAAUCUUUCAUUGGCUUUGAUUCAAGAUAUUAUUAUUCAAUCACGUUCACAUUUCAAUCUUCAAAACAAGAAUACUUGGUCACAUUUCAAUCUUGGCUAACGAUGAAGUACAGAAAAAGAUGGAAACGUGGGAUGAUGGAGAGAAAAAGGUGGAGAAGUAAUUAAUCCCAAUAUGUUACACAUU